AUGGAGGUCUUUGUAACAAGAGCAAGUGCGGGCAAGGCUCGUAACAGAACAAGAAACCCCGAGAAUUGGAAAGCUAAUAUUGCAAAGAAGAAAAGGUACAUGCCAAAGAAAGGACCAGAACCAAUAAUCUGUUCACAUAAAAAUGAACAUCUAAAAUGUUCAAGUUUAACAAUGACUGAUAUUAUGAAUUUUCACAGUUCGUUUUAUUCCUCAAAUAAACGGAGUGAACAAGAUGCUUUGAUACUGAAGUGCUGUAAAACGCAGAAGGCAAAAAUAACCGAUGUUGAGAAAUUGUUGGCAAAACAUUUUGGAUUAGAAUGGCAAGAAAGAGAAGAUUUACAAUUUUACUUAGGUAUUAUUAGAGGGCCAUUUGCUGAAGGAAAUCAAGAUUUAGAAAAAAGUUUUUGUGAAGCGAUAUCAGAAGAAUCACCAGUAUUAAGAAUAUAA